CUAUUGGUAAUCUAAUACCUAUAAUUGGUAUAACCACUAGAAACUGUAUAAGUUGAACAAAAGUUUUGUUUGCAUUUAUAAUACAUGUGGAAGUUGCAAUUAUAAAUAUCCGAACAAAAUAUUUAAAGCUUUAAAAUUGUACUUAAUUAAUAUUUUCAACCUGUGGUUUUUCAGACAUAGUUUAUAAAAAUGACUCUUCCAAAUCAAUGCCAGCAGCCUCAACCUGAUAAUGGUUUAUCUGAUAUGUUAACAAUAGGCAAAUUAUCUAAAUUAGAGUCUGUAACAAGUGUAACUAGAAAAUUGUUGCCAUUGGCCGCAUUUUUUAUGGCAUUCACCACUGUAAUGACCGUAUUAAUUGUAUAUAUGGAUAAUACAGCAAUAAAGCAUUAUCAAUUUAGGGUAAAUAUGAGUCAGGAUUACGACUUACUUGGUGUUUCUCAGGAUAAUCCACAAUUAAUUAUGUAUAUUAGAGAAGUUCAUCUAACACCAGCAGCAGAACCCAAUCACAAACCAUUAAAAUCCGAUGAAGAAAUUUCAGAAGAUACAGCAUAUGUUAUUAAAAUUUUAAAAAAUAAGCAUAAAGGCUUCUUUGUAGAAGCAGGUGCCUAUAACGACGGCAAAACUUCUAAAACAGAAUGGCUCGAAGAAAAACUCAACUGGCAAGGACUUUUGAUUCAACCUGACCCACGUCAUUAUUUCAGCCUCCGUCGUCACAACAGAAAACACUCUCAAGCUAUACAUGGUUGCUUAAGCCCGUCCCCUUAUCCUAAAGAAGUAUCUCUACAUCCUGAAUCUCAACUUCCUAAAGUCAAUAGCAUACAUUCAAGUAUAUUAGAUACUGAUGACAGCGAUUGGUUUAAUACAAGAGUGAAAUGUUUUCCUCUUUACUCCUUACUUCUAGCUACCAAUGUGACAAAUAUUGAUUAUUUGAUAUUAGAAACUGGUGGUACAGAAUUGCAAGUAUUGGAAACUGUUCCUUUCGAAAGAACCCAUAUUGAUGUCAUUAACGUUCAAUUAUAUAGUAAUGAUACUGAAAAAGAUACCGUUAAAAAGUUUCUAGCAUCUAAAAGUUAUAAAUUUAUGGAAAAUUUCAAUGAAUCUUACGUAUUUGUAUUGGAUUCAAUUAAAGUGUAAUAUAUUUCAAAGCGAAGUUGUUGUUGGAAUUUCUGGUGAUAUUUAUACUGUUUACCACACCAAUUCCUACAAUUAUUUUAUCUGUGUAUCGAGCCACAUAUGAACCAAUCACCUAUGAAAGGCUCAAAGUACCAGAUAGCAUAAUUAUGAUGCUGGUGUAGUAAAUAAUAUAUUCAGAUGUACUAAGAGUUAUCUUUAGUUUCUGAUUAUUGCAAAGAGUUAGGAGUAUUGUUUCCCAAUUUUUUUUGAUAUUAUAUAUGAUUAUUAUUAACUACAUUUUCAAUUUACAUCUUAGUGAAAAUAAGAAUUUUAUUAUCUGAAUUGACUGAUACUCAACAACGAAAUACCAUGACAAUAUAUAUAUAUAUAUAUAUAUAUAUAUAUAUAUAUAUAUAUAUAUAUAUAUAUAUAUAUAUAUUUUUAAUAAUUUGAUCUCAGUUUUGUGUUAGAAAAGGUAUAUCACAAAAAAUUCCAUUAUAUUUUCUAAAACAACGAAUGGUAUUUGCUUUUUUUAUCAACUUUAGUGAUAUACGAAUAUAAUUUAUGAAACACAUAAUAAAUUGUUUUGUAGUAUUUUAGGCAAAGGUUUUCAUAGCGGUGCUGAGUGGGGCUAAAAUUUGACAUUAAUGGGAGCCACAUGAAAAUUUGGAGAUGGGGGUUAUAGAAACUAUUGAUGUUCUGGUUUUAGUUUUCUAAAAUCCAGCAUGGUGGGUCCCUAUUGUGGUUAUAUUUCUAUAAAUCGACCUAACUAUAUGUUUUUAAAGAUGCUGAUUGUGAAUGUGAUGUCAUUUUCUUUAAACUAAAGGCUAUAAAUUUUUCCUUGAAUUUGUUCAAUUUCAUUAAUUGAACGAAAGAUAGGCAAGCUUGGCAGAGAUGGAUAGAGACACCUGGCAUGAGAUAAACAAAGGCACACAUAGAUGGACCUUGUGUUCUAACUAAAUAGGCGUCUAGUGACCAGACACUGUCAUCUAAGACGCCAUACCCUCACCAUGGGCGUUUCCGACGAUUCAGAGUGCUGUUGGUGCACGGAGGAGGAUGAAACUGCAGACUACAUCAUCUGUGAGCGACCAGCAAUUACACGAGCGCGGUUUAAACAUUUGGGAAGCCUAAUGACAUCAAAGCGUUAAACCCAAAGUGCCUGGUCGGCCAUAACGUCAAGUGGGGCACGUCGGGCUUAUCUGAAGACCUACGUUUUCAUCAGCACCUUGGCCGCUCACAAUGUUACUAUGAAUAUAGAAAAUAAUAGUUAAUGAAGCAUACAAAGAAAAUUUAACUUCCGUGAAGCAAAAUCAUUUUAUUUAAACGUAGUAUGUUACAAUUUUGAAGUUCAUUGGCAUCUAUAGUACCUUGAUAUUGUCUUUUAUGAAAUUAUUUUCUAAAAUAAAAGCCAGAAGUGACAUUGGACGGUAAAACACAAGCUUUAUGAAUUUCAGAUUGGAAACUAAACAGUUGUCUAUUAGGAGAAGAAUUUUGUUUCCUCCAGACUUCACUUCAAUUUUGCAUCCCAGUAAUAAUAUUUUCAGAAAGUUUUGACACAUAGUGUCUCACCUUUACUAAAGAAUGGCACUAGAGCUGAUUUAGCUUGCAGACGAAUUCGACUAAUUUGAGAAUCUCUAUGAAAACCUUUCUUUUUAAAUUAUAUUAUCAAUAACUAUAGGAAAAUUUGAAGUAAUAACUUUUGUGUACCCGGUGAUUAAUUUUAUUUCAUAGGUAACUAGAAUUAUGUAGUUAUAGAAUAAUCUUGAGUUUAUUUUUGUAUCAAUUUAACUUGUAGAUAAUGUUUAAAGGAAAAAAGGCAAUGAUUAUCAAGAUAAAAAUUUGUUCUUACGUAACAAAAUUAUUAUUUGCAUUCAGUAUUCUAUCUUAGCUGAGAAAAAUAAUUUUGUGUUCUCUUUAUAUUAUUUAUAUUGAAUUAUAACGGUUAGUUGAAACAAUUCGCAAAUAUACAACCUACUAGUUACUUCUUCAGUGAAAGUUUCUUAGCACUUGUGUGUAUGACGACUAUACCCUUGCCUUCCAUUAGUAAACCACAGUGCCCUUACAUUGUUUAUAUAAAAACUAGUUGUAAUGUUGGAAAGAGCACAUUAGUAUUAUUUUUAUAAAUUAAAAGACUGUAUAUCUCGCAAUUAUUUAUAAUAAAGUUCCAGUAGUU